GGCAUUGCACAGUGUACAUAUGCACUAUGCAAGCCGAGAUGGCCUGGCCGUAUGUAUAUAUAGACUCUAGAUCUGGCCACAUGCAGUUGCUGCGCGCCCAAUUAAGUACGAUCGAUCAAGAAUUCAAGAUUUGCAUAGAGAAAUUAGCUUGUGAAGAAGAGAGAGGUCGUCAUGGCGGAGGCGGUGAUGGGUCCGCUGGUGGGUCGGCUGCAGGAGCUGGCGAUGAGCGAGGCUCGGGCGAUGGUGGCGGUGAACAACGACGUCCGGCGCCUCCGGGACAAGCUCAUGUGGAUGCAGGCUUUCCUCCGGGAAGCCGAGCCGCGCCGCCGCGUCGCCAACGACGAGCUCAUCAGGGUCUGCCUGCAGCAGACCCGCGACGCCGUCUUCGACGCCGAGGACGCUGUCGACCAGUUUUUCCUCCAGAUCGACCUCUCCAGGUACCCAAACUGGAGUCGUACCAUCCUCAAGUUCUUCAGCAGCUUCACCACACAAGUGCGCGUGCGGCAUGACCUUUCGAGGAGGAUAAAAUUGAUCAACACAAGGCUUGAGAGCAUCAUAGAGAACAAGGGAAAGUACAAAAUCGAUGAGACAAGUGACACCAACUCAGUCACCCCUUGGAGACCAUCCACUGCCAUGUCAGCUACGACUCAAAAGCUGGAUGAUUUUGUGCUACCUUUGGUGGGACGAGAUGACCAGGUAAAUCAGCUGGAAAAGGCACUUGUUGAUGAGACUAAGACUGAGCGCCCAUUACUGAUCUCCGUGACAGGAAAAAGUGGUGUUGGAAAGACAAAGCUCGUGAAGGAGAGAUACGAGAAGCACUUGACCCUGCGUCACUUUAAAGUGAAGGCAUGGGUAACCUGUGGACCUAACCUCAGUGCCUCCAACAUCAUGAUGCUAAUCCUUCUGCGUCUGACAGAGAGUCCUGUUACAUGCUCCAAAGAUAAGGCCGGUGACACAAUGCGGGAGGUACUGAAGCGUAAGAGGUACCUUUUGGUUAUAGAUGGUGAAGUUAGCAGCACAGAGUGGAACAUCAUGCUAAGCUUCCUCCCCAAGGACAAAGCUAACAGAAAUAGCAGAGUAGUGAGAGUGACACAGGCUACCGAAGAAGAACCACAAGUUGCGGGCUUUGAUCAAACCAACAUUCAGCUCAAUCAAUUUGAAGAAAAAUACACAACUACCGAAUUGUUCCUGGCAACACUUUUCAUGGAUGAGAAAGUUGAGAAGCGCUAUGCUGAUGUGGUCGAGAAGGAUGUCAAGGAAGAGCGUGCCGAGCUAAUCUUCAAUGCCACUGGUGGUCUACCAUUGGCAGUUGUGCUUCUGUCGGGCCUUUUGCGGACCAAGGAGUACCCUGGAGAAUGGAAUAAGGUGUUUGAGCACCUCGGGGGCAAAUGCAAUGAACGGAGGCGGCUCGAAAACAUACUUGCUAUGUGCUUCGAUGACCUCCCGCAUGACCUAAAAUCUUGCUUCCUCUACUUCACGGGCUUCCCAGCAAACACACUUGUCAAGGCACGCAACUUGGUGUGCAAGUGGAUGGCGGAGGGGUUCCUAAGACCAAAAGAGGGCAAGACGAUGGAGAAGGUGGGUGAGAAAUACUUGCACGAGCUGGUCCAUAGGCGUUUGAUGAACCUUCCACCAGUGGAGAAUGCCGCUCCCGGGGAUGAGCGGGUGACGGUCCAAACAAGAGUCCAUGAGUUCCUUGUGCUUGAGGCGCAAGAGGCAAACUUUUUGGAGGUCCACUGUGGUGAUGAUGUUCCCACACUAACCACUGUUCGUCGUCUUUCCUUGCAAAAUCACAGUGACAAGUAUGGUGCUCUCGCUGACCCUUUACCCAAGCUGCGGUCUAUCCUGUCCAACUUCGAGAAAGAACAUUCCAAACCCCAAGGUAGUGCUGCCGAGAUGAAGGAAGAGACCAAGACCAUGGCCAGAGAUGCUUGUAGUUGUAGUCCCUUCCACUACAAGGUCGACUACAAAUCCGAGGACCAUGUCAUGCGGAAGCUGUUACAAGGAUCUCAAUUCCUCCGUGUCAUUUGCCUGUUUGGACUCGAUAUUGGCAAGAAGCUGCCCACUGAGAUCGGGGAUGUGGUGCACUUGCAGUACCUUGGCAUCACCUCCUGCUCCCUCGAUGAGAUACCACCGUCGGUUGGGAAGCUAACACGUCUCCAAACACUAGACGUCCGUGGCACCGACGUCCACACUCUUCCCCCGGAGUUCUGGAGUAUUCGGACACUGCGACAUGUGUUUGGAUCCAUCCCUUUGCCUAGGCGAGUUGGCAACUUGGAGCAGCUGCAGACACUGCAGGCCGUAAGGCCCGAUGAUGAUGUUGGUAGCUGCUGGGAUGCAACAACCUUCGCUCGCAUGAAGCGUCUUCAGUCCUUGUACAUCUCGGGCCUCCGCAAUGAAAAUGAGAAGGGAGCCUUGGCAGCAAUCCAAGAACUUAAGUACCUUGUGCUCCUCUGUAUUGGUGGCGAGGUAAUUUCCUUGGAUUUCACUGGCUGCAACUUCCCGCGCCUUCAGGUGCUGAUUUUGAUGGGGGAGAUUGUGCCGCCAUUAAACAGUCCUGAGAGUAGUAACAGCUUUUACUUUCCAACCCUGGUGAAGCUGUCUCUCGAGAAUACCAAGGUGCCGCAACGCUUCAUCGACAAACUAAGUGUUGAGCUGCCCCUUCUUGCCUCUCUAACACUACUCCCAGGGUCCUACGAUGGGGAAUGUCUUGAAUUUACUAAAGGGUUUCAGAGUCUCAAGGAACUGAAGGUGGACGUGCGCCUGAGGAAAAUUGUGAUAGAGGAGCCAGCGUGUCCCCAUCUAGUGAAACUGGAUAUUUUAAUCUACUUCAAGGAUUUUCGUCUGGAGCUCGUUGACCGACGCAACAUUGAGGAAAUAAUCAAACGCGAGUAUAAAUAUCUCUAUGAAAAGAUGCAGAUGGUGGGUGCUUUCGUGAGGACGAUAGCUACUGAAGAGUUGGAAGCUCCUACCCGAGAUUAAGGCUGAUCGAUCGAGGUUCGUACUGUUUGUGUGUAUGUGUGUGUGUAUGUGUGUGAUAUUCAUACAACACUUAAAUUAGGUGUUGCAAGUCCCUUGUGAUUUUUACGCUGAGUGUUACGUCGUGUGUCUACCUAUUUGUUGAACUGUUUAUGUUAAUACUUUGUGCACGAGAGAUGAUUGGAAUUGGAUUUGGACUGGACCUAUA